AUGCCAAUUUUCAGUUUAUUGAGACUUAGAAAGGGGGCUACAAAAGAAGAGGUUAGAAUAAGAUACUUAAGAAGGCUUAUCCAAAUACAUCCAGACAGAAAUAAGGGCAAUGGAGCCGAAUACACAAAGUUAAGAAAUGCAUAUGAAAAGUAUAUAAGAGGAGAAGUAUUCGGGGGAGAACCAUAUCUAGUUUGCAGUAGAACAGACGUCGAGUCUGCCAUUUGUAGAUGUGGAGGGAAAUACAAAAUAUCCCAUGAGGUCGACGGUAGAAUAGAGUGUGAGUUUUGUUCGUGCUUCAUAGAGAUAGAGGAACUUCUAGAACUGUCUGAUACGAGCCGCAAGGCACACUAG